AUGGCCGAAGUGGCUCCCUCGGUGCCGAGACUUAGCAGAAGCGCAAACGCGUGCCAGAGGUGUCGUCGGCGCAAGCAGAAGUGUGACUUGCGUCUUCCCAAGUGCACGAGCUGUCAUACGGCCGGCGUUCCUUGUAUGACUUAUUCUCCCGGCAAACAGUCCGAAGUCCAGAGAAACUAUGUCUCCAACCUCGAGAAACAGGUUGAACGGCUAAAGGCCGAAGUAGAAGAGCUUAGAAGGGAAGGCCCGAGGAGCAACGAUGCCUCACCGAGCGAGUAUCCUCGCCAAAGGAUAGGGGUGCAAUCAAGCGAGCAGGGAGAGAGUCCUGACGGAAUGCUAAAUCCUGACCGGCAGGAACUGAACUCCGAUCCCAGAGAUCUCGUCAGGACCAUUGGGUUGGUGGCGCUAGAAAGCACCAGCGAGCCACGUUUCAUGGGAACCAGCAGCGGGCUUAGUUUCGCGAAGAUGGUAAUGGGGGCGAUCAGAUGCGAGCAACCCGCUCCUCCCCCCACGAGCGGAGCGCAUGAGCCGAUCCAGCAUUCUGCUACUACUCCAGGAAUAACUUCGUCUUUGCCCCCUCGCCACGUGGCUGAUCACAUCGUUGAAGUCUACUACCAGCACCGAACCCCGCAUUUCGCUAUCCUGGAACGUCACCAGGUUGAACGGGCAGUUGACAAUGUAUACAAGAAUGGCUUUUCGGAAGUGCAUGAUUCACGCACACGCAUCAGUGUAGAGAAAGAUCUCUUUACAACAUAUAUGAUCCUCGCGACUGGCUUGUGCGGGAUUGCUAAAGACGAGAAUAGUCGGCCGAUGCAAAGUGAAGGUUGUUUCAACUCGGCUAUGAGAUCGCUUGACGCAGUUUUUGUCUACCCCAGGAGUGAUCUGCAGACCCUUGGUGCAAUCUUGUUAUUGUGUCAGUACGUGACAUUGUGUCCGUCCAAAGGCAACCUGUGGCAGCUUAGUGGGACCGCUCUGAGACUGUGCAUCGAGAUGGGCUUGCACUGGGAAGCAGGGUCUGCCUCCAAAUUCGACCCAGUAGUACAAGACGAAAGAAGACGGCUGUUUUGGGCGAGUUACAACUUCGACAGAGCGCUUGUUAUAACACUUGGGAGGCCGUUUGGCAUCAUCGACCAAAGUAUCAAUACCGGCCUUCCCGAUCCUUGGCUCAAUGUGACGAACCGUCAAGAGCCACGCAAUCCGGCGGGGUUCGACGAGAUCGAUAUCCAUCAUAAACGUGCCGCCAACCACCUCACUGCGCUCUACAAGCUACAGUCCGAAAUCAAACAAGUCUGUUACCAGCAGAUGAAAGGCGCAAGCCUGGCAUUUCCACUACCAGACUACAACCUCUGGAUAAGAGACAUUCAUCCCAGGCUAGAGCAAUGGAAGGCCAACACACCCCCACUUGAUAAAGCGCAUCCUCAGAGCAUAUUUGCCUCUCAGCACUGGUGGGACGCAAUGUACAGCAGUGCACUUUUAUUGCUAUAUCGACCUAAUCCACUCGUCCCAUGUCUAACACCGUCAUCGCUAAAUAUCUGCUUUGAGGUGUCCUGCAGUAUUAUCACCAGUAUUAAAAUGCUAUAUCGCGAGCAGAGAAUUGAGACCCCGUGGACCUGGGUUCACCGACUAAUUCUUGCCGGGCUGACCAUGGUGUACUGUGUCUGGCACUCGGAUGAAGUCCUCAAUCGGAUUUCAUUUCAAGAUCUGAUGGACACGACACAGCGGUGCAGCAGUGUUCUCGCUGCUCUGGCGGAGCGCUUCCCUGGCGCUGCCGGAUGCAGAGAUGCGUUUGAGAUGCUGUCCGUCACAACGCUCAAAUGGUUCGUCGCCAAGGAUUCCCAUGUGAUGCACCAAGAGGAAUCGUCUUUCAGCAGGUUUCUGCAGACGAUACAGCAACAGGCAGAUAGUUCUGCGGGUAUGAAUACGCGAACGUCGCGCCCUCAAGAGGACGAUUCGAUGUUACUCCUCCCCGAGGAUCCGCUGGAAUUCGGAGAGUCCCUGGCAUCUGCUGCACAGUGGCCACCACUUCGUAGAGAUUAUGAUUGGGCCCUGGAAUCAAUGUUUGACGACCUUCCGGACUUCACUUUCAGUCGUUGAUGGGCAUUCAAGCACCGACAUUUGGCUUUCACUAAUAUGUUUGAAAAUCCCACGUAGACUUUCGUGGGCAGGAUAGUCACUGUGAUGACAGACUGACUUAUAUAAAUCCAGGCGCAAAGAAUCGGUUGGCUUUUCGUCCUCAGGCGUCUGGUUGUAGCGUAGACAUGGCGUUUAGGGUUGGGUAUGGAGGUGACUGCCAUAAUGAAUUGGAUGACUAUUUAAUCAAGUCUUGACUAUUUUCCGG